UAGUGUACGUAGUGAAGCAAUAAAAGGAGCUGAAUUACAUUUCUAACCGUUUUCUCGGAGCUCGAUUGAAUCACUUGAGGAUCCAGCAUGACGGAAGAAUAUUACGACGAUGAUGGAUUUCGGCUAUCGUUCGAAAGUGAUACUGACCCGGCGGAGAAGCGAUAUUUUAUGCGCUUAUAUCCGAAUGUCAGUAAGAUAGCUGAAUCAAAAGUUCACUGUACAUCUUGUCAAACCCACAUCGGAACGGCUCCGGUUUCCGAGGCCAUCAUCCGGAUGCAUCCGGUACUGCGCGUGACCCACUGUCGUUCUUGCCAUGCUUUCUACAAUAGUGGCGAGUUUGAUAAGGGUGAAGAUGGCAGCGAACUGUACUGUCGCUGGUGUGGCCAAGGCGGUGAGGUGUAUUGUUGUUCAAAGUGUCCGUAUGUGUUUUGCAAGAGCUGUAUCUUAAAAAACCUGUCCAAGAACUGCGUGCAGGACAUAGCGCGCAAUGAAAACUGGGACUGCUUUGGAUGUGCUCCAAAGAUAAUGUGGCACCUUCGUGCCCAGCACUGGGCACUAAUGAAUUUCAUCGAAAAGCAAAAAAAGGACGUAAAAUCACAACACCAUCUCUCACCGACGGCUGUUCAUGCUCUGUUGAAGCAGGAUCUCACAACAUGCUGUCCCAGUAAAUCAAGCCGUUCGAAAGCAGCAAAUCAGUCAGGUAGUAAAAAGCAGUCCAAACGAGCUGAGGACGAUGCGGAUAACGUGCCUCUUGCUCACAUUCGGAAUGAAAAUAGCGGCGGACGGAGCGCAGAUGGGUUGGAAAAACCAUCCGCCUCUUCUUCGAUGUCUAAUUCAUCGGCAAAACCAUCGGGGUCGUCAGGAUCAAAGCAACAGAAGAAGCUUAAGCAAAAGCAGCCACGGACGUCGGACGAAGAGCAUCAGCUCCAGACACCUCCACCGAAAAAAUCCAAGACAGGAGAUAACGAAGUAGUAUGCACGCCAGAUAUAAUGAGCAUGUUUACUCAGAUGGAGGAAGCCAGAGCAUCAGUCGCGGCUAGUCAAACGGCUAAUUCUGGUGUUUUAGCGGUAGGUUCGGUAUAUAAUAUGCCCGGCAACUUCAUUACCCCCUCAGGUUCUGGCCCAUCGCUCGUCGAAACACUGCCAAACAUCCCAGUGUCCACUAGCUCUUCGGCUGCGAAGCCUAGAGCGAUCUUACACAACUCAAUGGGACGAUCGGUGACCGUUCGUCUAGCAUCGGCAGAUACAGCAUCAUCUCCCCAAUCAUUCCAGCAAGCCAAAUCCGUUGCGGAUGCGCAAUCCCAAUUGGUUCGACUGACUUCGACUGCUUCUAACAAGCAGUUGAAUACUCAGACUGUAUAUCAUACGAUUAACGGGUUCCGCGUGGAUCUACAUUCGGCAGCGCAGCAAGGCACCUAUCGUCUUCCAAAUGGGAAAUUGAUACAAGUGCGCCGUCAAACGUCAGACACUCCAGCGUCAACGCAGGUACAUCAACUAACGCCGCAACAGCAGCAGCAGCAGCAGCAACAGCAGCAACAGUACCAGCAGCAGUUCCAGCAGCACACGCAGCACCAGUUACAACAGCAACAGCAUUACCAGCAGUUACAACAGCAACAGCAGCUACAGCAGCAACAGCAGCAACAGCAGCAACAGCAGCAACAGCAGCAACAGCAGCAACAGCAGCAACAACAACAGCAGCAACAGCAGCAACAACAACAGCAGCAACAGCAACAGCAACAGCAACAGCAACAGCAACAGCAACAGCAACAGCAGCAACAGCAACAGCUACAGCUACAGCAGCCAGCGCAACGGAAUGCUAAGCGCUCUCGAGCUCGAGCUCAGGGGCAGCGCCCGCAACCAUACCAAAGGAUUCUACCACCGCUACAGCCACGUCCAGUUACAGUAGCACUGGCAGCGAAUGCGGCAUCUCGUCCUGGGAACCAACCAGCAACGCCUCCUUCGUCGAGUCCCAUGGUGCAGCUGCCAGUACUGCAAAUGCUGCGAGGAUUAGUUGCUGGACCGCACGCUAAUUCUCCGCUAGGGGCAGCCCGGAAAGAUUUCGAGGAGAAGCUACUAGGCAGUGUGGAAUCUUGCAAUCAUAUCAUUGUUAAAAUUCAUUCCCUGACGCAAUCGAAUUCUUUCAAAAAUAUUCGUAAUUUGCGCGACAUGAAGGAACUAUUUAUCCACGUGGCGUAUCUGUUGAAGUACGGCAUAGGACGCUUCCAGGAGUUGCAAGAUCGCUGCAUGGCGGAUGUGAAAAAGAUGGGUUUUACCAAGGAAACGGACUAUAUGACGAAGGGUGCAAGCAGCAAUCGCAACCCUGAGGACAGCGAGGACGAUGACGAUUGUGAGAUCAUCGAGCAGAAUACUACAGUUAUUCAGUUGGAUUCCGAUGAAGAAACAAGUGUCGGUGACGGAAAGCCAGCUGUGAAGAAAGCUCCCAGUGCGGCUAGUAAGAGUAAUCUUCCUCGCGAAACAGUUAACCGUCCGACUAAGGCGCAACCGAUUGCGGAGAAACAGCCCAUUGCAGAAAAUACGACAACUGUAGAAAAAACAAUUUCGUAUGCUUUUGGGGAUAUCAACGUUUCAUGGCAGCUUGACUCAUCAUCAUCCUCGGAGAGCCUGCAGACGACUGCAAAAGAGGUUCGAUCAACUGGUAGCAACGCAGAAUCUACUGAGUCCGGUGCACCGGGACAAGCUCAAAGCAAUACAACGCAGGAAGGCACUGGAAAGGAGAACGAGAGUGCCAAUGUCACAGCUGAAAACCGCAAAGAAAUCGAAGAAAGCACUGGAGCGAGCACUUGUUUUAAUCCUGAUGAUGUGGUCGAACUUAUUGAAAUGGAUGAAACCGAAAGUAUGGUUGAAACUACCGAAGCUCUUGAGGACGAUGGAACUUCGAAAGAUCCAACUUUGAACGAGAAACAAUCUGCAGAUGCUGACAUUGCUACCUCGCUUGAAAUGCCGGAUGUGUUGCGUGAUGCUUUAAAUCCUGCUAAGAACCAGACGGAGCUUGUUGAGAUUUCGGAAAAGGAUGUUUCCGAACUACUUUGUAUCGAAACAGUGGACGAUCAGUCGCAAAUUGAUGGAGACUCAUCCAUGGGUGAUGUAACUGUGGAGGCCUCAAAAUCUACGGAAGAAAGCUCAAGUGUUACCGAUAAAACUUGUACAGAAGUUUCAGUUGACGGAUCCUCUAAGAAACCAACGACAGAGGGAGAAAAGACAAAUCCAACACUCGUAGAAACGAAUGAAAAUUGGAUGGAAACCGAAACGACCGAUGGACUCGUCGUUGAUAAAGAAGAGCAAUCAGUCGUCUCUGUUGAAAAAGAACCAAAGGAGUCAAUGGACGUGACCAGUUCGGUUGCGGAAAACAAAGCUGGACCUAAGCAGCAUGAAGCUCCAGAAGCAAUGGAAGUGUCAGUAUCAUCGAAUGAGGAAACAGUGCCGAAACCAACAUCGGAACAAGAAGCUACCGGUUCAACCAUCAAACAAUCGAAUGAAAGUUGUUUGGAAAAAGAAACACGGGGUGGAAUCACUUCUGUUGAGGAAGAAGCAACAGAACGGGUGGAUAACGUUGUUUCUGCAGAGGAAAACGAAAACGAAUCGAAACGAAACGAGGAUGUUCCAGAGAAGAUGGAGGCAUCGGAUGAUAAAACCGAGUCGAAUACCGAUUCUGAGGCAAAAACCGAAGAUUCAACUAUCAAAGGCACGAAUGAAAGUUGUUUGAAUCAAGAAACGAUUGAAGAAAUCGCCUCCGUUGAGAAAGAAGCAGCAAUCGCUACCCUUGAGAAAGAAGCUUCGAUCGCCUCUGAUGAGAAAACAGCAACAGAACAGACAGAAGAGAUGGAUUCAGAACAAAAAGAGGAAGUCCCUGUAGCAAUGGAUGUCUCUGUGUCGAAUGAGGACAUAACACCCGAUGCAAUUUCUGAGGGCGAAAACAAAGAUGCAGCGAGCAAAGUGUCCAAUGAAGAUUCCUUGGAACAACAAACGAUGCAUGAGAACACUUCCGUUGAAAAAGAAUCAGUAGUUUCGUCUGUUGAGAAAGAUGCAUCAGUCACCUCGGUUGAGCAAGAAACAUCAGAACCGAUGGAAGUGGCGCAUUCUGUUGAACAACAUGAACUGAAAGAGGCCCCAAAAGGGUUGCAUGAGGACACAGAGAUGGAAACCACACCUGAAGGUGGAAAGACAGAUUCUACGACCAAAGACAUUCAUGAAAGUUGUAUACGAAAAGAAAUGAUAGAUGAAACAGUUUCUGAUGAGCCAAACGCAACGGAACCGAUGGAAGCGAUGAAUUCGGUUGAGCAAAAUGAUUCGAAUCAGAUAGAGGUCGCAAAAGAAAUCGAGAAGUCGGUAGUAGAUGAGGAAAAGGGAAGCAAUUCAGAAAAAGUUGAAACUAGGGUCAAUGAAAUCGAUGAACAGAUAGCACAAAAGAGCGACGGGGAAAGAGAACAUGAUACAGGGGCUUCAAAUGCCAGUGAGAAGAGUGUAAAAUCAAAUGAAUCUGAGCCAAUUUCUAACGUUAUGACACAAGAAGACGGCAAACAACUGUUGGAUGCCACAGAAAAUUUUUCGACGAAAAAGUCCGAUGUUGAGUCCGAUAUAGAGGAAGGAAAGAAAGUUGAGGAAGAUGUGGAGAAUUCCGACCAGCAAGAAGUGCAACAGGAUUCUCCGAGUGCGAACGAGUUGCCAGAUCCUAUGGUCGAUGACGAUCCUAUGCUUUGCCUAGAACCGAUAGAUUCACCCGAGGAGGAAACUGAAACUAAAGAAAAAGAUUUAUCUGAAGUUUCAAAUGAUUCUAUAGCUGAGCCAAUUCCCGUAGUAGAUAACACUGUACAAAACGAUAGCAAUACUGAAGAACAACAUUCGCAAUCGACGGAAGUCAUAGAUAAGGGAAAGGGAGACACAGAUGAGGUGGAACAAGUUUCAAAAGGCAGUGAAGUAGUUAGAAAUGAGGUAAAAGUAGUCGAUAACACCGAUUUGAAAGAGAAUUCUGUAGAGGGGAAAACUUCAGGAGAAUCCAACCGACAAACAGCAACAAAAGCUAUAGACGACCCAAUCGAAGCAAGUCGAGCGACGCCAACUAAGGAUGACAUUCCGUUGGAUGAGUUGUCUAGUAGCAGUUCUCUUAAAGAAGAUGAGGAGGUGGUAGAAGCAACGAAGAGCACGUCGCAUGAAAUGUUGUUUGACGAUUUGUCGAGUUCAACAGCUGAAUUCGCAGACGCAGUUACUGACAGUACGGUAGAAGAGUCAACGUUAAAAGUUGGCAAGUUGGGUAGUUCCAACGAUGAUGAUACUGCUGAAAAGGAAAUAUCUCUUACUGAUGAAAAUGAUAAAACCCAUUCAGUUAGUUAGGUGCAGGAAAAUUCCUCAAGUUCAUCGCAAGUAGGGCCAUUUGAAGAAUCUGCGUAGAUGUCCGAGGGAGCUACAAAUUUCAUUUUUAUGAAGUGAUCAAGGAUCAUUAUUACACGAAUAAGUAUAUGUAUGCCGUAGUAGUUUGCCUCUUAUUAGUUUUACAUUGUACAUACGCAAAAUUAGGUUAUCGACUUUAAACAUGUAACGUAAAACUAUUUCCAUGGAGAAAUAAAUUAGAAUUAUUAAAACCAAA